UUUACAAAAGCGAGGCUGCCCGGGAAAUUUCAAAACGAGCCGCUCUCAGCUUUCUCAGCUCAAGACGAUGGAUUCUUAGUCUUUUAUGGAUAACUUGCCACUUUAUAUGAUUCCCCAUUCGAAAAACAAGUAAUUGAUUGAUUCAAUGGACAGAUGGAUGACAUUGUAAUUGUCAAGGUAAUAAAAGACCGAAGGUUACUCAAGCCGCCACCGGAGGUCAUCCACAUACAAGACGAUCAAGAUAAGCAUGCAAGCCCCAAAAAGACUACAACAGCAAAAGAGGGUCCCUUCCAAACAGGGUAGAUAAUGCUGCUACAAAGCGUCCUGGGGAUGAUGAAAUUGCUCAAAAUUAUUUUAAAGAGAAUACUUCCUGCCAAAUAAAUAGGAUAACUGCAGCAGUCACACAAGAGAAUGGAGAAUCACCUAUGGAACUUGAUAUUGAAAUAGACUAUGAUGUUAUAGAGAUUUUUUCGGAUGGUGCAAUGGAUAUUGACCAAGUCAGUAGUUCUUAUAACACUGCAGUUUCAUCAAGGUCUUUAGACAGUUUAUCAUCAGCAAGUUUAUCAUCAAGGUCUACUGCAAGUUCCUUAUCAACAGGGUGGUGAAGAGUAUUUUCGUGAUUCGUGAUGGGCCCCCCCUCUUCACCACCCUGUAUCAAAGUCUAUAACAAUAUCGUCAUCAAAGUCUACAGCAAUGUCGUCAUCCAGAUGCAUAACAAGUUCCUCAUCUAGUUCUUCAGUGAGUUCUUCUUCUAAAGCAGGAUACAGUAGUAAGCCUUAUGCAUGCUUUAAGUGCUGUAAAUGAUUCCAAACAGAAGGUGGCAUUAGGGAACACAUUAGAAUGAAAUGCUUGCAACCACAGACUGUCUCACUGACAGCACAGCUAACUCAAGUAGGUAGCAGGUUCCAGGUGUUUCUUAAGUGGAGAUGAUUAGGGUCUUCCUUGUUCCUUUGGGUAUCUGUCAUACUUUUGGUGUUAUAGGCUGGCUAUGGCCUGAAAGCAUCAAACCCGUCACAUGGUGGACCACCUGCCAAGAAGGCAAGACAUGACAUUUCUACAAGCACUAACACUUCUUUCUCAUCCACUGGAAAACUUGACGCUAUCAAGCAGCCUAUGACUUUUGAAUGUACCAUUAGGAAUGGCCAACCAACAGAAAUGAGGAGACUUGUGAAUGGAACCACCGUGGUGGUUUCUAGCUCAAAUUUUACCAAUUGUACUUCAAACAAACCCUUAGAAUAGGAACCUGGUGAGAAACCCCCAAAACAAACAAACAUAACUGUUUUGAGUAAGACCCAGAGAAGAAAAGCAAGAACAAGAGAGAGAAAACAUGGAAUUUCAAGGUCAAGUAAUGUCUCUUCUACUUCAUCAAUUGUGAAUCCUUCAAUGGAUGUGGUCCAAUCAUCUUUGACUUCAAAUACUUGUGACAGACAACCAGAAGUGCCAUUUUUGCGGAACAUGCGACAUAUUGUGCUGGUUGAUAUUGAUAACUGGAAAGGAAUCUUCAAAUCAGACCUACCAUUUUCUCAGAGAACAUUUGUCUGGGGGUUCUGGAGUGGCAACACCUCCUGGGACCCGCCCAAGGGUUCAGCUCUUUUUCAGGAACUGGAGAAUCACAACUGUUUUUACCUGCACCCAAAAUGCAGUGGUUCAAAGGAUGCAGCAGACUUUGCGCUAUGUGCUCAGGCUUACAAGCUUGACAUCAUGCUUCCAAAGUCCAUCCCCUUCACUGUCCUGUCUGGGGAUUGUGGAUUUCAGGAACUUCAAAACCAGCUCUCUAGAUGUAACCGAGAGAUUCACUUGGUAAACCCCCAUCACAAGACAGUGGACACAGUGUUUGCUCUGUGCAACAGCAUUGCUGAUAAGUAAUUAUAAAAGCAGUGCAUUGCUGACUACAACAAAUUAUCUUAAAACAGUAAUACCAACUAGUGAUUAUUUUCUAGCACAGCAUUGUCGACCAGCAAUCAUUAUAGCACAGCAUUGCCGACCAGUCACCAUAAUUAUUAGCACGGUAUUACCAACCAGUAAUCACCAUAGCACAGCAUUGUCUACCAAUAAUCAUUAUAGCACAGCAUUACCAACCAGUAACCAUUAUUAUUAGCACAGUAUAUUGCUGACCAGUAAUCAUCUUAGCACAGCAUUGACAACCAGUAGUUUUUAAAGCGACAGCAUUGCCGACAAGUAAUUAUUCGAACACCCCAUAACUGACAGUCAUACAUCAUCUUGAGGCAGCACAGUGUCUGGUAGCUUAAACACGAAGAUUGAUAUGGUGGUAUAAACUCUGUCAGUGGUUGUUUUUCCAAUCCAUGUUCAAUCAAAGUUUGUAAAAUAUAGGGGCACAAAAAUAUUUUAGAUUACUCUAAAGAUUUAUGGUAUGGAGAUUAUGAAGACUUCUAAGUUGAUGUUCAGUUGAGACAAUAAACUAAGUUGAAUUUGAUUAAUACAACGCUUAUGUAAAAAAAGAGAAAACGAAAUAAAUAAAUACUUGUUUCCCUCA